UCGAGUCGGAGGGGCAGCAGUGGUGGACUUAACGGUGACGCUUGGCGGAAGGUUCCGCUGUCCACAAAAAAAAUGACUUUUCUGACAUAGUUUGGACGCUGCAUGUAUGCGUAAGCCUCGUCUGGGCAAUCGGACGCUAGGCGAGGAUAGCCUACCCAGGGUCGUGCCUGAACCUCGGUCGCCUCUACCCGGGCACUUAGUGGACACAGACACCGCUACUGGGGAGUGAGUGAGUGAGUGGGAGCCACCAGGCAGGCAGCCACCAUGCCGCACUGGCUGUGGCCUGAGCCGCUGUCACCAGGGCAGCUCAAGCGGCUAGAGGAACACAAAUACUCCGCCGCGGGUCGCUCCUUAUUCGAGCCGCCCUGCCAGAUCUACUGGAACUGGCUCGUGCAGCAGAUACCGACAUGGGUAGCGCCCAAUACGCUCACUAUCAUCGGGCUGGUGGUCAACAUUGUCACAACGCUGAUCCUGGUCUACUACUGCCCGACAGCUACUGAGGAGGCUCCGUCGUGGGCGUUCAUCUUGAGUGCGUUGGGACUUUUCAUCUACCAAUCACUGGACGCCAUCGAUGGCAAGCAGGCCAGACGGACCAAUAGCAGCUCAGCGCUGGGAGAGCUCUUCGACCACGGCUGUGAUGCAGUGUCUACAGUCUUCGUUGCCGUGGGGACGUGUAUCUGCUGUGGGAUUGGCUACUAUCCUGACUGGAUGUUCUUCUGCGGCUUCGUCGGAAUGUUCAUGUUCUUCUGCGCCCACUGGCAGACCUACGUCUCGGGCACGCUGCGCUUCGGCCUUGUUGACGUGACGGAGGUGCAGAUCGCCAUCACCAUCAUGUAUCUGAUGUCGGCAUUUGGAGGAGUCGCCCUCUGGCAGACAACGCUGCCCAUGCUGGGUCUGCAACUCUAUUGGUUCCCCAUCUUCGGCAUCAUCGGCGGCUUCCUGCUGUCCAGCUAUAACUACUUCCAGGUCAUCCUGAGCGGAGGGGUCGGCAAGAACGGAUCCACAGUAGCGGACACCAGUGUGUUGUCUCCAGGUCUCCACAUCAGUCUGAUCCUGCUGCUGGCGUUCAUCAUCUUCAAGAAGUCGUCCAGUCAGCUGUUCGAGAGACACCCCUGUCUUUACAUACUCACAUUCGGGAUGGUCAUCGCCAAGAUAUCUAAUAAACUAGUGAUGGCCCACAUGACUAAGAGUGAGCUGCAUCUUCCCGACUUGGCGUUUCUGGGCCCCGGACUCCUCUUCCUCAACCAAUACUUCAACAGCUACAUAGACGAACACAUAGUACUGUGGAUAGCCAUGCUGCUGUCCCUAGUGGAGCUGGUGCGUUACUGCACGGGCGUCUGUCUGCAGAUCGCAGCUCACCUGCGCAUCCACGUCUUCAGCAUCACGCAGGCCCCGCCCAAAGCCAAAGCCCCGCCCAAAUCCAGCCAUCACGACUGACGAUUGGCCCGGCGGGAGGAGGAGGCGGGGGGAGGGGAGCACCUAGACUCCGCCCCCCUGCUCUCAUUGGCAGACGAGGAGCAGGAAGAAGAGGAAUCGUCCAAUCAGAAACACCACAGCAGCCUUGACUCCGUCAUCACCUCAGCUUGACCUCAACAACACCUCGCUUAACUCUUACUCCUUUAUUUUAUUUUAGCUUUUAUCUUCGUUUUUUAUAUUUUCAUUUCUUUCUUUUAUUUCCUGGGGCCUAUACUAAGAAUCUGGUUCAGGAGUAAACCAGGUGAAGUCAAGAGGUAAAUCAUCUAAUAGAAGAGCCUGGAGUAAGACAAUGAGACUCCAGGCUCUUCUAUUAGAUGAUUUACCCCUUAACCUGGUUUACUCCUGAACCAGCUUCUUAAGGGCCUUUCUCAAUGCCCAGUGUUCUAGCCUUGCUAGGAGGUGAAAUGCCCAGUGAUUGGAUACUUUGCGGAGUUCACCAAAGAGUAUCCCAUCACCAUGCAUUUCCCAUCCUAGCGAGGCUAGAACACUUGGCGAGUAAACGGUAGGCUAGGCGCUCAGCACCUCUCAUCAGCGGCCAUGUUGAAUUGAAUUGGAAUACAAUUGAACAGCUUGUUGAAUAAUCUCUUGACUUAUUCGCAUUUGUCUAAUGGGUUAAAAUCUCAAAGACAGUUGCCUCCAAAACAGUAAGGCAUAGAAGAAGAAAAAAACAGACGUUUUUAGACAAUUUGUAACAUCUGUAUUUUUUAUUUACGUCUUCGGAAGACUGCAGUUGUCAACUCCUGUCCUUAGCAUGUCACAUGACAGUAACUGCCACUCCCAUUGGUCCAUUCUGAUCAGCAUGAACCUGCCAAUCAUGAACCAACCAAUCGCAUGCUGUCUCAGAUGUAGACGACGUGUUGGCCAUCGCAAAACACCAUCUGCUGUGACUGAACCAGAGCGGAAUGACAUCACUAGUGGGGUGACAUGACAUGACAUGGUCACAGCUGUGUAAUAUUGAAACCCUAGUGCUAUAAUGUGACAUGGUUCCAACGUAAUAUGUCAUAUAUCAUCAUAUCAGUGUCAUGACAACGCAGUCGGGAGGAGCCGGGAGCUACAGCACUCCAAAUCGAGGUUGUGUUUCCCGAAAGCCUAGUCGUUAGCCAGUGAGGCCAGGUGCAUUUCAGGUCGCGGUGCAUUUCAGGUCGUGGUGCAAUUCUCAAAGCCAUAAUGGCUAACUGGGUUAGCUACUAACUUUGUUGGUUGUAUUGCAAUUUCUCAUUGGUAACAACAACCCAAUUUGCAAAAACAACUAUAUUUUCAGAUGAACAGAACCAAGGGAUGCAUCUCUCAAAAUCAUAGUUGCUAACUGCGUUAGCUACUUUGUUGUUUGUAAUGCAAUUUUUCAUUGGCAACUACCGAAGUUGCUAACUGACUAGCAACUACGCUUUCGAAAAACACAACCCUGAUUGGCUGGCUUGUUUUUUUUUAUCCAGUCACAAUAAUGAAAUACAAGAGAAGCCAUCGUCAUCGUCGACAUGACAACACCUGAAACCAGCCUGAUCACCUGCCACCGAGUUUUAUUGAUUUUUUAUUUCUGGUUUUUAUCACGUUUUGGUGUCCAUCCUAAAUCAGGCAUGAAUUGAAAAUCCAAACUAAUGAGGACUGACUGGGUGACUUCACUUUCUAACCAAUGGAGCUCUUUCUGUUUUUCUUUCGUCUUUUUAAAAUAAGUUUGAGGUUAAUUCCCAAAUGAAGGGGAGAGGGAGAUGGAGCUGGUAUGUUCAUGCCAGUCAGCUGGUUCUCUGGUGCCAGGCUACACGGCUAGCUGGUUCUCUGGUGCCAG